CUUUACAUCAUGCUUUGCAAAAAGCGCACGGAAUUUCCCCUGCCGGGGAAUGAGAGCGACAGAUCAAGAAUCUCGUACAAUACUGUGACGGUGCAGCCUUAAGGUAAGGGUGUUUGAUCCCUUGCGUACACGUCCCUGAAUAACGCUUGCAGCCGAUGAGGGAACGAGAUCACGACACGUCGACACACGAACCGUUAACCGAGCUGCCCUUUUUGCGAUCAUGCAGAGCUGCGAGCCUGCAAGACGGAUCAGAGCCGUGCGAUUUCAGCUGAUAAUCCUGGUGACCCGUGCAGAACAAGCUCGAUCGAUCGGCAGUGCACCGAUCCCUGCCGUCCUUCCCACGCCAAGCUCGCGCAAGCUUUCGCGCAGAAUAUUGGCGUGGCCGCGGCACCGGGAGGGACCACGCUGGCCGCCCACGGCAAGCGUGCCUAAAUACCGCGCGCGCUCGCGCCUCGAUCGUCGACGGCCGCCGUGGCAUUAGCAUCGGUGAAGCGAAGCAGCUAGCAUUGUCCAGUGUCCACUCGCCAUGGAGGAGGGGAAACCAGGCGGCGGAGCCUGUGUGGCCGAGGACGCCAUGUCGCGGUUCAGCCUGGACGCGAGCGCCGGGGGCCGCCACAGCACGCUGCUCGACGAGUACGAGCGGCUGGUGUUCGAGGCGCAGCUCAACCGGGCCAUCGUCCUUCGCCGGUGCUACUCCGAGCCCAGCCCCGUCCGGGUCGUGCAGCCGCAGCACAAGCCGGAUGGUGGUGAUGGUGCGCGCACGCCGCCGGCGUCCGAUCAGGGUCAGGGCGGAGAGGCGCGACGGCGCGACGCGGGCGGUGGGAGGUUCUGGCGGCUCCACGAGACGCUGCCCCGGUGGCUGGAGGCGCUGAGGCCGGUGCUCCGCUGGCUCAGGAGCGCGUGGGAGCGCCGGAGGAGGAAGGAGCCGACGGCGGACGCGGCGCGGCGCCCGCCGCCGACGGUGCCGCGGGUGCAGCUGCUCGACUACCUUCGUUAGCUGCCUAUCAGUUUGAUGUUUUGCGAUGUGUGAAGGGUACAGUGCCCAGGUGGCGGGUUGCUGGGCUGAUUCUGUCGUGAGAGGAUCCGAUUCGUGAUGACUGUCCAGCUGGCUUGGCGUGUGAUGAUUGAGCAUGGGCAUCUCUAAGAUUUCAUUCAUGACUGUCCAAGUAUGUGGAGUACUCUGCGACACGUGCCUAUGCGUUGAGAGGGUCACCCUUCAAGUUCAACUAGGAUCUAGGAAAAGAAAAACGGAAAAAAGAAGACCAUACUUUUAUUUUUUUA